GUUACACCCAUCUUCCAUGAUGAGGAGACACGCUAGAGGCCCUGUGCUUGACAAUCCAGUUAUGGACCUCAGCAUACAAGGGGAUAAGCUCGAGCAUGACCGAAUCCAGCUCGAGCAGAACCUUCAACACACCGACCUCUCCCUCCAUCUCUCUUCCCAGGACGAUGACACAGUGGAAUACCCGCGACACAAUUCCGCUCCAUCCGCGUUCCACGAGUUCGUCUCGUUUGAUCGUCACUCGCGCGACUACGACCAGGAUAUGCAGAGCCAAAUUCACGCCUGGUCGUACGGCGCGGGCGCUGACGACGAUGAAGGAAUCAGUCCAUACGGCGAGACACUUUCAACUGCCGCCCAUCACGCAAGCGCCCUCACGCUGAGUGCUGGUCUGGGUGGAAGACGCGGGAAGCGGGAUGCCAGUCUCAGUGGAGCUGAGUACGACCCUGAGCGACCUCUGCACGACAUGAUGGCCGCUGUGGACCCGAAGCUGAGUAUCUUCGACGCCGAUCCAUCUCGCUCGCAUUAUGAGCAUGUGUAUGAAUCGUUCCGUAGCCCUGGCAAACUUGACCGCGUGCUGGAGUCUGGCCAUGCCCCCAUAUCCCACUCCCGCUCUGUGCGGAUCCGUUCACCUCACUCCUCUGCGAGCUCAUCCGCAUCUUCCGACUCGGACAGUCCCCGUCCGCGUCUAGCCGAUGCAUUGCAGCGUGUCUCAUUUUCUCCCAAGCGCCCACGUAGUCCGCAAACAUCUUCGCACCAGCCCAACCAUCGUCACGCUCAAGUGCCACCGUCUCCCCUUACACGAAACGUCUCUGAAUCGCACAAUGCAACACCUCGCCCACAACGUCGACCUGCCACCGUCGCGCCUUCACCUUCACCUCAGUCUCAAUUCACUAAAGCGGCGCGAGGGAUCACGCGAGAUCUCAUUGAGGAGCAAGACCAAAUGAAUGAGCGCAAUCCCUUCUCAGACCGUAGCCAUCAUAAUGAGAAUGGGCAAGCUCAUCAUACAACAUCCCAGCAUCGCGGAACUACGCAUAAAUCACGCAUCUACUUGCCGGAUGUGACCGGUUUGACGAAUGCCGUCGAGUCGCCGGCCAAGGCAGGCGGAAAGUACAAUGCCUAUUCUGCUGUAGAUCGACCACGAGACAGUGAAGCAAAACUGCUCUCCAUCUUGUCCACGGUACAGGCCAAGCUUCAUGAACUCGAAGACGAGAACGCGAUAUCACGACGCAGAGUGCGAGAAUUGGAACUUGAACUAGAGGCAUGUAAACGGGAAGUCGCGAGAGAACGUACCAAGAUCCUGGAGCAAGAAGAACUCAGUAUGCGUUACGAAGCCAGCGCGAAAGGCAAAGGCAAAGCCCGAGCAUCGAACCGGAGCUUCGACUCGAGUGACCUCGUUGAACGGUACAAAGAGGCGGUUGAGGAAAAGAAAGCUUUGGAAUCUCUGAUCUCGAGCCUAAGAACACACCUCACCCGUCUGACCGCAGAACUCUCCUCUCAUCAAGAGCUUCUGACAGAGUUGCGCCUCUUGCGGGAAAAGGACAGCAAGGCAUUGAAGGAGAAGACAGGGCAGGUCGAUAUAUUGCGACAAGAAGUGGAACGACUUGCUGGAGAGGUUGAAGUGCUUCGGGGAGUGGUCGAAGAGGGACUGCGAGAGCGACGGGCCACGAGAGAUGCAUCCGAGUCGCAUUCCGACGCCGACGUAGGAAUGACUGCUGAUCUCGAGGAGACCACUUCCGAGGAGGAGGAUGAUGACGAGGACGAAUCAUUCAGAGAUGACGACGUGCAACCGUCGGAUGGCUCUCAACACGAAGAACAUUCCGAACCUGAACCCUUUGAUCCCGAAUCCAUUCUAGGUUCAUCACGGCAGAACUUGGACCGAACUAUGCGAACAGAUCAUGCUACGCUCGGAUCAGCCUCCAAUUCUGUACCGCGCCAGUUGUCUCGGGACGUUGAACUGGAGCGCAUCGCUGCCGACAUCGAAGAACGCCGGUCCGAGUUGUCGCACCAGUCGUCACAAGAACGCUCACGUGCUUCGACACCCACACGACAGCGUCGAAGACCGACAGUAGAGGAGGUUUCUGAGACAAACAGUAUGCCGAGUCGGGCCCCGUCUCCGGUCUCUCGUACAGCCGCAGUCCGGCGCCCCGCUGGACCAACACCGUCUCGAGCAAGAGCUGAAGGAGAGCCAGAGACGCCGUUCCCGCAGAUCCGGGGUGCACAUUUGGAGCGUCUGUUCUUCUCUGCGCCAGAACACAACGCUCGCAGUUGCACUGUAUGCUGUCGACGUCGAGAACCUAUCCAAAAUCCUCCCUCAUGGCUGUCUCGCCGGAACUUGGAAAGGUCGCGGGAUGAGGAUGAGAUUCGUGGUGAGAACGACGUUGACUACAAAGCAGCAGCGCGGAAGGCUGGUCUGCCACCGCAGACCCUUGUCACACGGGUCAUCCGGGACCUCGAGGACGAUUUCACACAUUACAAGGGUGUCUAUGUUGAACUCGCAGACCAGUACAAGGAGAUGGACGCUGUUUCCGAUGUCCCUAAGCGGAAUCUUACUGCAAAGCAUCUCCGGGAGGUGGUCGAUAUUCUGGAACAAAAGGGCGACCAAAUUGCGUCGUUGUAUGAUUGUCUAACUUUCAAGGACAAACCUAUUCCCAAACACCUACCCACACAUCUUCACCUUCUAUCCUUUUCUAUCGCCCAAACAAAUGCCCGAAACUUCUGCUCUCAAACGACCAUGUCGACGUCUUCUGAACGGCCUCUAACCUACUUUGACCUCACCAUUGGCGACAAACCACUCGGUCGCGUCGUAUUCCAAUUGUACACCGACCUCGUCCCCAAAACGGCCGAGAACUUUCGUGAGCUGGUUCCGAUGUUCAAUGUGUGCUUCCCACCCAUCUUCCCUGAGGUGCAUUGUGCACUGGAGAACGUGGAAUCGGCAACUCAGGGAAGCCAUUAUGGUAUAAAGGAUCUGGAUUCCAUCGUGUUAUCAAAGGGUCAGUCGAAUGCGUUCUUCAGGGCCAACGUAUGUACCGACCACCUCGAACAGCUUCAUGUGCCAGGGCGGGGAUUUCACUGCAGGGAAUGGAACCGGUUUGUUCUUCUCGAUCUGGCCCACCCCAUCGCGCGCCCUCAUCACGAUCUAGGCGGUGAAUCCAUCUACGGCGAAAAGUUCGAGGACGAGGCGUUCACGGUCAAUCACACGCGGCCGUUCCUGCUGUCCAUGGCCAACGCCGGUCCCAACACGAACGGAUCGCAGUUUUUCAUCACCACGGUCCCCACCGCGCACCUGGACGGCAAGCACGUCGUGUUUGGGGAGGUGAUCAAGGGCAAGUCUCUGAUCCGGCAGGUCGAGAACUUCCCGACGUCGUCGGGAGAUGUGCCCACCUCCCCGGUCGUAAUCUCGGACUGCGGGGUGUUGUCUCCAGAUGAUCCUUCGCUGAAGGAGAACGCUGCUUCCGCCGAGGGCGACGCGUAUGAAGAUUUUCCGGAAGACAACGAUGGGGACUUGAACGAUCCUGCUACACUGUUGAAGAUCGCGACUGAGUUGCGGGCGUUGGCGACUUCCCUUUACAAGGAGGGAAAGACUGAGUUGGCGCUUGACAAGUACCAGAAGGCCAUCCGUUAUUUGGACCAUUCUCCUCCCCAAGAGGAAGAGAAGGAGAUGGUUGAUGCUUUCAACGCUAUUCUUGCACCCUUGUUGCUGAACUCGGCCUUGAUCGCCGUGCGCAUUCGACCGACUUCGACCAUGAAUGCGACUGUGGCUGUCACGGCGACUACGCGGGCAUUGAAUAAGCUUGAUCUGAGUCCGGCCGAUAAAGCGAAAGCUCUAUACCGGCGGGCUCUUGCCCGCGUGAUCUUCAAGGACGAGGAGCAGGCCGAGGAGGAUCUCGUGGCCGCGCUGAGCCAUGUUCCUGACGAUGCCGCCAUCUCGAAUGAGCUGGCGAACAUCCGGAAGCACAAGAAGGAAAAGCGGGACAAGGAGAAAAAGGCGUAUAAAAAGAUGUUCAACUAAUUGUAUGUAAGUACUACAAUCUACGCAGACCAACAGUAGCGUGCGAAGCAGGUCUUGCAGAUGCCGCUGCGCUCGAUUCGUUUCCGUUCCCGUGCACGAUCGCCCACGGCGCAGGCCAGACACGCAGCCCAUUCGGGGUCCUUGUGAGAAUUGCCGAGGCUUGCUCCCUGGGUUGCGACAGUGAAAGUCUGCUGGAGCAUCCCCUGAAUUUCUGGCUCUGUGUAAAUUCCUUGGCCUGUGGUCGUGUUGGUCAGGGGUGCCGACCCGUCGCGAGGGGGCGCGCCGUUGGCGAUGUAGACCAACAGCGGACCCGCAGUCUCGUCGCAUCCGAAAAACGUCGGUCGGCUGGUCAGGCCCUCUGCCAAGAAUGUGUCUGUCGUGUUUGGGACAGCAGGGAACCGAGCAAGGCCCCGAGAGAACAUCUGCAUCCGCUCUUGCCUACAGAAACACUGGUUCAACCACAAGACGAGAAUCCCCAGAUGUGCAGCAACUCACGUAGCAAUGAGCGAGGCGCCCUGGGCAUACCCUAUGUUGUCGCUGACAGCGUCGAUCUCGACGAUGACGUCGACCUUGCGGUCCUUGACAAGCAUGGGCUGCAGAGGCGAGACUUGGCCGUCCUCUCCCCCAUCGCAGAGCGCGAGCACCGUCUCAUGCGAGUCGGCAAAUGUCUCGGGGGCAACGCCGUGAAACGGGUUCGGGUAGUUGCUCGUGUCGAGGCGGAGCGUAUGGGGCUGCGGGAAUGUGGCGUUCAAAAUGGUCGUCAAGUUGCCAGUGGCCGCGGCUAAGGUGGCUGCCUGCACGAGAGGUGAGACGGGCUGACCCUCAAACACGAGGAACAUGGCUUGGUCAAAGCCUACCGCGCAGAGAGUUUCGUUCGUAGAUCCGAUGUGUUUCAGAGGCGUGUGGGCAGCCAGAACGUCGUCAUAACUGCCAAACUCGACUGUACGGCGGGGGCCAUCAGCCCAAAGCGAUAGAAAAUACUAAAGGAAGCCCAUACACAGAUUGUAUUCGAACAUCGGAGUGUUCAGCGGAACAAAAUUCCCGCCCGGGAAGAUGGUGCCGUUGAUAUGCUUGGAGACGAGGUUGACAGUGAUGAUGGGAAGAGGCUGUUCAUGGGCUUUGAAGAUCCGAGAACAGGAUGUUCGAGCCAUGGGAUCCCGGGCCGAAAUAGUUGUCGGCAAGGGUGCCAUUGGUGAAGUGGCGGGCAAGCCCCCGUCCCCAGAUGUCUCCGAAUGAGACAGGGAACGAUCUCGCCUUGACAGCGAUCUCGUCCAAAAUCUGCCGGAUCAAGGCUGGCUGGUCGGACGCGUUGUUGGCAGUCACCAGUCCCUCCUGGAAGAGCCAUCCGGCGUAGUCUUGCUUCUUGCCGUCGCCGAAGAUCAGGUGCUGGAUCGUGGGGAAGUUGGCCUGCGCAAGCGACGUGACAAGCCAUGAUCCUCCACUCAAGCCCGAGAUGUGGGUCGCGGCCUGCAGCAGCCCUCC